UGGACCUCUUGACUGAGAUCCUUGAGCCGUUUCACGUUGUUGCUCUAUCCAUUAUCAUUCUGCCCAACAAGUAUGUUUAUUCUUUUCCAGGUGCUGCGAUAUUUUUCAAGACGAGACGAAGGGGCAAGGAAUUGAUAGGCGCGAGGCGUGUAAUAAAUGAAGCAACGAAAAAACCGAAAAAAGAGAAGAAGAAAAAGCAGGAAGCUCAUGCGGAGGCAGAGGGUGGGCAAAAUAUCGAGGAAGGUAGCAGGGUUUUUGCUUUUUUUGAAUUUAUUUCGAGGGGUUUGGUUGUCUAAUGUUCAAGGUUGGCGUGCUUCGCUCGUGGGAUUGUUUCUCUUUCUGCCUUUCGACUCAGGUGAGCCCAUAGGUGAAGGGGAAGAGUAUGACCAGCCAGAGCGUUCGCGAAAUAUAGGAGGAAGGCCGACAAAAUACUCGAAGCAUGGGUAUCGCCGGCGGUGGUAUUACCUGCUGAAAACCGUCAAGGACGUUCGGCAGGAGCUCAAGUAUGAGAAAGAAUACCAGAACGAAUACACGCGGAUGGCAUUGGCUUUAUCAGAGGC